UGUUACAAAAUACUUAGAGAGACACCAAGAACUAAUGACAGCUGAUCGCUUCCCAUCCAACCAUGGACAUUCAGAAUGACACUAUGUAGAAAUGUCUGAGCGACCCAGAACGACAUAACAUCGUGCAUCAUGACCACUGUUAAGCUAGUGACGUUAGUAUUGAUGAUACAUGUUUUGAUAUCGGUUUGUAGUGGUCAAUAUAAUCGUUGUUGUGGUCGGUUAACACAGAAGCAAGGAGUUAUACAGUCACCUAAUUAUCCUGGACCUUUCGAGACACCCGUGUUUUGUGAAUGGGUUAUACAAGCUCCACCAAAACUCAAAAUCGUUUUAUAUUUGACACAGUAUUAUCUUAAAGGAUUUUUUCAUGUUUAUGAAUUUGACCACUAUACUAACAAAGAUGAGUGGAUAGGAGAACAGAAACUAGCCACGGUCAACUGUGAAGAUGAAAUAUGGACAAUCGUCAGCUACAAACCGUUCGUGGUGUUACGAUUCGCCGUUCAAGAGAUGGGCAAUAUUCACCUUCGUGUGUUGGACCAUUUAAUGGAUGUUUAUGGAUUUAAUAUUACCUAUGAAAUGGUCAGUAAACAUGAAGUGAACAAUAAGUGGACUUGUUCGGCCUUUGAUUGUUCAUACCUUGGUAAUUGUUAUGCUAGUGCAGACUACUCCGAAUACAAAUGUCAUUGCUUUCCCAACUUCUCUGGGGAGGAGUGUGAGUAUGGUCCACAUUGUAACCCUAUGACUGAGAAGAAUAUGUGUCAAAACAAUGGCAGCUGUAGAUACAUUUAUGGUGACCACGUGAACAUAUGUCAGUGCGUUCCUGGCUACCUUGGUUCAAAGUGCGAACAGAAGAUCAACGGAAUUCACCCAAGUGGUUAAUUCUAUUUUAGAUUUAACUAUCAUUCAUUAUUGCACAUGGAACUCUAAUUGGAAACAUGCACAUUAGAAACGUCAUACUUUUAAAAUGAUUGAAUAUAGCGUCAAGAUCAGGAGAAUGUAACGUUUAUAUUUCCACCAUUCUUCCACUUUAUAAUUGAACACAUUUCAGUGUAUAUUCCCAUCUCAAUUGCAGUAAAGUCAAGUUGGCAAAAACUUUUUGAAAUAUUAUCUUCAAAGCUUUGCAAAAAAAAUCCAGUUAAAUGGUUUUUUUUCAUUUUUAUCCUUUACAUAUGUUUUGUAUUUAAUAAAUAAAGGCAACAUUAAUAUACCGCAAUAAAAUUAGUUUUAUAACGGCAAGUAAAAGUUAAUAAUGCAAUUAAAAGUCGACCGCCACUAUUUUAACAAUAUAAUUAUAGCUAAUCAACUGCCUCACUUCUAACAUCCCAGAACACUAAGUAUUCAUGAUUUGGUGAUUAUAAUUAAGAUUUUUGUCAUCUUCAGUGUAAAAACUUCUGUCAUCACUGGUUUAUAAUGAUCAUAAACGUAAACGAUUGUGUUGAUCAGUA